GAACAUGGGUCAGAGGAAUAGAUGAAUUCUGUCUUCGAAUCUUAGUCAUGACUGGACCGGAUUGUCGCCUGUUGGUCUCCGCGGAUAACUGCCGUGUGGUCCAACGACAAACAGCUUUUAAUUUGCACAAACACCAAGGCUACCAACAUUCACCAACGGUCAAGCCACAGCGUUUCAAAGUGUUGGAGGUGUCUAACCGUGAUGCAUUCUGUUCCUCUCGUUGUUUCAAUGUCUCAUAUCUACGGGUGUUAGGUUCAGCUCAAGGCUCAUAUGUCUCCCUGCUCACAACGACAGACCUUGUCUCAACCUCUAGCCGAGUUUACUUAACACCCACACUCUUUCUUCUUCCCUCGCCACGGAACCAUCUCCCUAGACACUCACUCACAUCCGCUCGUUACAUCGCCCAGUCCAGCAGUCCAACAGUCCAAGAUGAUCCUGACCAGCCUCGUCGUUUGGCUAACAUGCCUCUUCGCUGCCACAUUCGCCCAACAACCCACUACCUGCAUCAAGCCCCAACCCACCUCCCAAGCUUUCUUCGUCAUGGGCUGCGGCAAGCCCAUCACCGUCGACCGUCUCGACCCCAUUGUCUCUCCCGGCCGCCCUUCUCAGCACCUCCACACAGUGAUGGGCGGUUCUGCCUUCGACUUCGACUUGGACUACAACAAAACCCAGACUUCCAACCGAACGACCUGCGCCGUAUCCAAGGACUUAUCCAACUACUGGGUGCCCAUCGUCUACUUCCACCAUGCGAACGGCUCCUUUGAAGCCGUGGAGCAAGUAGGCGGCAUCAACGUCUACUACCAAGAACGCAUGGAUUGGACCGAUUACUGCGCCGGUCGCGAGUUACUCGCUUUCCCUCCCGGGUUCCGGAUGAUGGCAGGCGACACCACCCGCCGCGACUUCAACUCCUCCAAGGUCGAAGAUCGCGCAAUCGAGUUCAUCUGCUUGUUGACGGACGGUCAGGAGGGUCUCCCUCCCUUUCACGAUUUUCCCAACCGUACCUGCGACGGCGGCCUACAAAUCCGCAUCCGUUUCCCUUCGUGCUGGGACGGUGUUGGACUCGGCACUUUUUCUUCUUCCUCCAACUCCUCCGUCCCCGGUUAUAACUCAACAGCAAGCGCCUACAACUCCUCCCACGUAACUUACCCAUCCCGCCUCGACACCGGCGUCUGCCCCCCUACUCACUCCCACCGCAUCCCCGCCCUGCUCUACGAAAUGACAUGGAACGUAGCUGCCUUUAACUCUUUCAGAUCCAUGGGAGAAAACCAACAGCCGUUUGUCUUCUCCAACGGCGACAAGACGGGGUACGGAUACCAUGCGGAUUUCUUCAAUGGGUGGGAUGUGAAUCUCUUGCAAAGGGCGUUGAGAGAUCCGAGUUGUGGAAAUGCAACGGGCGGAAGGAUUGAACAAUGUGGGACGUUCAAGGAGUAUUUGCAGAGUAAUGAGGUGCAGAAUGAGAUUGUGGGAUUGGAGCAGAAAGUAAAAGGGGAGUGGAGGGGGGUGUUGGAGGGUGGGGAGUUGCCGGGGGGUGUGAGGGUUGAGUGAGUGGUGAGUGAUGAACAGUGAGUGGUGGGUUGGUGAGGUGAAAGGGAGUUGAAGUGUUUAGUGCUGUCGUGAUUUUGGCGAGGGAUGUGGUGGGUGGGGGCGGCAUUGACUGUUCGCUUGAUAUGAGUAAAGGAUAGAAAGGAAUGUCUAGAUGAUUGUGAGGAUCAAAAGAAGGAAUAAAAGGAUGAAUGAGCAGCGCAUCGAUCACUUUGUGCCGUCAUGUCCUCUCCGUUUUGUCUCCUCUUUGAACGACGGAACCUGGGAAUCAACGGCGGUGAAACGGUAUUGGUUUGAUGGGUGGCCGGGAGGAUUUAAGAAUAUUGGGUGCUCCGUGGUCUCAGUUUUGAAAGUCGGUCAUGAGGUACCUUCUGGGUUUAAAAGAACAUAAAUGUAAAUGGGAUCUAAGACUAUCCUCAGGCAUAAAUGAUUUACC